AUGUUGGGUUUGGUAUCGCAUAUAAACUUGAUGGAUGCCCUCAUCCAUCCCCGUCGACACAAUAAUAUCAACUUGUUAUCGUUAAAUCGACCUAACAGUUCAUUUAAUGAUUCCUCAGAAUCGGAUACCAUAAUUGAGGAUACACCGGACUCUCCAAUUGAGAACAUUGACUACUCUUGUCAGCCACCUGAUAUCGGUCGAACAGUUGUGAUCACUCACGAAGGUUUGGAAGAUCCUCCUUACGACACACAAAAACUGAACAAACGUGUUGUUUGUUUCUCAUAUCUAAACUCUUCUGAUUCUGAUCCGGAUGAGUAUCCUUUUCAUGCCGUUACGUAUGGCGAGUCGGAUAGUUGUUGGGGUCUUCCUUAUAAUGACCAUAACUACGCAUCCUAUGAACCGGAUCCGAAACUGGGUAAACCUACGGAAUCUGACGAUCGACUCUCUCUGUUAGCGAAAUUGGCUCUAGCCAAGGAUGAUAGUGCAGAUAGCUUGGAUGGACAGAUUACUAGUCAGCAUUGCUCCAACUUACAGUCUAGCUGGGUUGGUGAAGAGAACGCUGCAGUUGUAUCAUCUAGUAAAUCCUUGAGUUUGAUUGAGUUAAAUCCGUCAUUCUCUUCCACCAAACGCUCAGUUGUAUGUAACUCUGAACACCACCCAGUUUCAGCCAAUGGUCAGUCGCUAGUUACUACAGCUAGUCAAGUUUCUAUGGGAAAUCGGACAAUUUUAUUCUCAAAUUCCGGUGGAAAUAUGAAUUCUCCUUUACAAAUUCACCGAGUUAGUUCUUCGCUCACUCCACACGUCGUCUUGAGGACAAGUUUACCUGCUCUUCAGAUCUCUACAACUGUUCCACGUCAAGUGUCAAAUGAUACCGCUGAUUCCGUUAGAUGCAUUUGUGGGAACACAAAUCUAGAUGGUUAUCUCAUCCAGUGUAAUCAGUGCAGGAUUUGGCAUCAUAGUGAGUGUAUCUCCUCAGUUAACAAGGGUCAUUUAUCAACUCCAUACGUUUGUGAAAUAUGCCAGUCACAACCGAAGACUAUUACAAUUCAGCAUCCCAAAUUGGCUGCUUAUGGCAGUGUUGGACCAGCAACAAAUCAAAGCAUACGGAUCUCUCGAACGUCACUUGGAACAAGUGCAUCACCGGGACGUAUAUACAUCACGACCCCACUAGGAAGUGGAGCACCUCGUCAGGUUCACGUUUGUCUUCCGGCAAGUCAAGGGCUGACUAAUAUUAACUAUGGGGAUUUCAGGAUGACCUCAAAUCGCUCCGCCAUGGUCUCAACAGUGAACUCUUCCACUUCAGUUCGUCCAGCAAACUAUGCGCAAUGUGGACAGUCCGUUCGAAGUUCUAAAAGAAAACAAGAUCUACUGACACUCACUAGUGGAUCAUCCUCCGCAAAUGCAGGUCUAGAAGGGUUUUCCAGUUCACCUCCGGCUUCGGAUGAAUACGAUGACCUUUCUGGUGUCCGGAAGUCCUACACUAUGGAUAUGAAGAGUUGUUUCAGGGAUAUUUCAUCAGAUUCUGUAUACCAAACACAGGGAAAUCAUCCAAUCUCUGGGCCUGAUAACAGAGUACAUAUUCGUCAUAACAGCGUUGUUCACCGUCUAAUUUCAGAUUGCUCGAUUAAUAAACUUCAUAAUACAUAUGCUGAAAUAAGUGAUAAUCGACAUACCUCUUUGUGUUCGACACCUCCCGACUCUAUUAUGUCUCCAUCAUCAGACGUGUAUGAAGAAGCCUCUACUUUACAUCUUUCAAAUCGUCUUUGUAAAAAGCUUGAUCUGAUGUUCCCUCUGUUGGCUGGCAUGGCAGCAGAUUUCCGGGAUGUGGACGGUAUUUCAAAAGAAGAAAUUCCUUCGAAUUUUGAGAGCUUAUUUCGUUAUCAGGUUGUCACAUUUGACUUUAACCACAGGGGACUAAUAGCAAGUGAAGAUAUUCGUCCUCGUACACCAAUCAUCGAAUACCGGGGUAAUUGUCUACUUAUGAGUGAAUACAAUGAUAUGUAUGAUUAUCGUAAACACUACAAUCCAUUCGUCUUGUUUUACAAGUCGUUGCCUAAGUUGCCUCUCUGUGUUGAUGCCCGUAAAUAUGGGAAUGAAGCUCGCUUUAUUCGUCGGUCAUGCACACCGAAUUCUGAGGUUCGACAUUGUAUCUCAUUUUCAAAUGAUCCACAUAAUGGCCCGGUUCCUCAACUUCGUCUCGUUGUUAUUGCAUCACGGCUUAUUCCGAAAUCAUCUGAAAUAACGCUACCAUUUGAUUUUGAUUACACUGCUUGCAGAUACCCUGUCAAAUGUGCAUGCGUUCUUAAAGGUUGUCCAGUUACUCGUUGGUUUCAAAGAAUGAAUCAGUUAAGUAAUUCUGUGCGAAGUCCAACUCGUCAUCCCUUAGUAUGUACUCGUAAAUCACCGCAUUCUCCCCGACCCUAUGGAAUUAAUGACCAUCUUAGUCUAUCCCGCAGUCCCCCGUUGGAUUAUGGCGAAAAAGUACCUAUUGAGGAAAGGUCAGAUUCGUAUUUCAAGUCUUCUAUGACUACCAGCAGGAAAAAUUCCAUCGUUCGGACGAGUCGUCUUCCUCCAACAUAUAUGCCAAAUGAGCGGAAUCGUGGAUUAAGUCAAGUGUCAUCCCAUUUAUCUGUCCGUGGUUAUAUGAGGAAUUCAAUUAUGUCUAAUGGGAUUCGUAAGCCUAUUCGUCGGAGAGGCCGUGGACGAGGUAAAUCAAAGAAUCCUUGCUCUAUGGGGUUACGCAGUAAGCAUGAAGUGGAGCAGUUACCUUCCAAAAUAGUUUGCCGCAGUAGGUCUGAUCCUAAGAAGUCUCUGACGACUACCAGGAAACGUCGUUCUCUGCAUACUCCACUUAGUUUACAUAAGGAACAAUUCCCAACAUCACCUGAGAGAACAGAUACAAAUAUUGAUUCAUUCAAUGAUAGUAGCAGUUCUUCUGAAGGAGAGUGUGCAAGUAAAGUGGACUCACUAUCGUCUAUUAAGACAACUAACUUGCCAACGGAAUCAUCCAGCAAAGGCGAUCAGCCGCAAAUUCUACAUAGCAAAGAAGAUUCAAAAUUGUGCCACCCAUUGAUAGAAGAGGAUUUGGAUGCCGAUACCGAACCAGAGUAUGAAACAGAAAAUCGCAUAGAUAUAUCAGAAAAUCAAAUAUGUACUGAGUCCAGCUCCCGUCAGGAAUUCCAUAGUUCUAAGACAGUGAAGGAAGUAGUACCUAUCUCAGAUGAUUCUUCCAAGUCACCCAAUUUGGAGCACCUUAAAGAAGAAGCUCAUAGAGAUUCUGUCGAUAUGGGCGGAUCUGUUGACUCAUUGUCAAGCAUCGAUCAUAAGAAACGUCGUUCUCUUGUCACCAACUCAAAUAAACAAGAAGUUCUAUCACGUAAAAGGACCAAAUCCUGUGAAGAAAAGGAAGAUGUGAAAGCAAAGGAAGAUGUGUGGAUGGCAGAAGUGCUACGUCGCAUAGAACGUAUGGAAAAGAAACGAUUAAAACAACGUUUACCGUCUAAUACUCUAAAAAGUAAUCAGGACCCUGAAUGUAGUAAGGGUCACUUUGAGUUGCCCUCUCCUGAUAAGCAGUAUGAACCUGCUUUCUUUUCAAAUGAGAGCAAUAAUAGUAAUAGUAACAUUGGUAUUAUAAAUGAAACCAUGAAUAUAUCCUCCAAUACUAAUGAAGCUGAAUGUGAAUCUGAAAUAAAUCCAGAAAUAACCAGAUGCUCUGAAAAUAACGGAGUUGUAACAACUGGUGAAUGCCAAACAGAAUGUGUGGGACGCGCGACAACAACUUUCGAGAAGUUCGAACUACCCAGUAGUAAAACAAAUCCUCCACUAACUUCAUCGGUGCAGGUGAAUGAAGAGCAUGAAUGUAUGUCACCCUCCAACGCUUGUACUAAGACAAGUAUUUUAAAGGGAAAAGACGCACACUUUGAAGGAAAAAACUCUACUUCACGAACUAGGUAUCGAAUUCGCCACUCCGUUAACAGUAGACGUAAAUUUUCACCACCAAGAUAUAAGCGCCGACGUUCUCAGGCAGCUAUGUUAUCUGAUAGUUUGUCGUCUACAGUUGAUCAAGGUGGCACACGUGAAGACCGUUGGCUAAAAAUGCAACUCCGACGUAUUGCCGAGUUGGAAGAUCAUCAUGAGGAGAUAUCACAACCCACUUCAGCGAAUUUACCUGAAGCAAGUCAAUUUUCCUCUGACAAUGCUAAUGAAGAUAGUUCGAAUAUCAGAGCCUCACUUUUUGAAGCUAUAUGUGUUAAAAGUGAAUUAUCUGGAAAUGAAAAAAUAUGUGUUGAACAUAAUCCAAACAACUGCCGACAGCAUUUAUCUCCCAACUCAUCAAAGAUAAAUACCGCAUCUAGCUUUGACAAUUCAUCCGUUAAUGGUGUUACUGAAUGCUCUAAUCAGGUCAGUAAUAACCAACAUAUUUUUGACUCUGAGGCUGAUUGCAGUCUUAUAGUUUAUCGAACACAAGAAAAGGAUCCAAUGGCUAAGUUUAGUAGGUCUCGUUCAGUUGAUAUUCAUUCUUUGUUCACGAAAAUUCAUAACGAAAUCUUGGAGAAAAACAUAGUUGACACAAAACAAGACUCACAUGCGUCUGUUAACGACAUUUCAGUAGCCUGUUCAACGCAACCAAUACCACACCAGGCGCCCAGACCUACAAAAAAACGCUGGCUAUCUCGGGCUCUUAUGGAGGAGGAUGUGGAAUCGUCUAACCACCAAACGUUGAGCUGUUCCCAGCCAAUCAACAAUACAUCUGUUUCCGUGCCAGUUUCUUCGAUGGGCGUUCAAAAUAUGUGUCUCACACCUGUUAACCCCAAAAAACGAAUGAUUUAUCGACUUUCAGAGCUCCCAGAUGACCCACCUGAUCACUGUAACAAUGAGAAUGACGAGAAUCCUCGAACUGAGAACUUCAAAUCCUCACCGGAGCUUUCAAACAAGGAUUCGGACGAUAUCCCGGUGAUUUGUAACCAAGAUUGUGAAGAUGUUUCUGAGGUACAAGAAGAUGACGAGUCUCCUGAAGCAUUGUCGUCUCAUUCUACUCCUCUCCCACCCAAGAAAGCCACCGUAAAACAACAGUCUGAAGAGUUGCGGUUGCAGGAAAUACGCAAAGUUCGUGUUUCGCUUUCAGAAUACCGUCGGCGUCGUGGCUUACCUGCUUUUACACCUGCUCCAGUACGAAAUCACAAAGAAACUAAAGAAUUGGUCAAUCAAUCGAAUUCAAACAUUGAUAAUUUGGAAAUAAUUAUCCCGCCUGUACUGCUUAGUCCUAACCGACUACUCGUGACAUUACCAGAUAUUCACAAUGAAUCUAAGACAUCCUUAGACGUGAAAAACACUGAUACAUUUCUAAAACAAAUAACACCACUGAACACACAAUCAGAUUUUCACGAUAGUAGUAUAUCCGAAACAUCCUACUCUCAAGCGAUUAAAAUGUCUGAUAUUGAUGAUAAACAGAAUUUCAUUGGUUUGAAAGUGAAUGAACGUGGACCUCGAACUCCAAGUGAACCGCCAGAUGAUGACGAUGAUGAAGAUAUCGGAGCAGUGGAUUCUGUCAAUUAUGUUAGUAGAGGUGCUUUGAGCAGCUCACCUGAACCAUAUAUAAAAUUUUCUGGUAAAGUACUUUCUGCCCAUAGUUCAUCAGCUUCCAUGUCUUCAGAUUCUCGUAUAGUCUCACAUAAACCACCUUUCAGAAAUAGUUCACCACCUAGUACGAAUCCCAACAGAUUUUCCGAAUACUAUUUACCAAAUGAUGUGUUGUUUAAUGCUUCAGAACCUCUUGAACGUGAACACUUUUUAUAUGGUGUUUAUCAUACCAAAGAAUUUGAUCAUGAUGGUGCUGUUUCGCAGGUUGCAAGUCAUGAGCAUCUUGACCCUUCAUCCCAUUCAUCUGUUGGCAACAGAACAGUACAUCUUAAUAGACCAAUUCAUUAUGAUAAGAAGACAGUUAAAACUGAUCAAUAUAAACACCUCCGUAACGUGGUAGUUUCUACUGGGACUGUACCUCCACCACCUCCACCUAUGCCUUCAUUUUCUGGACACCAAGCAUCCUCGAGUAGUCCAGUCGCUCCAUGUUAUAAUUCUGAGAAGAAAUUGGAAGAUAAUCCAACCCAUUUAACUAGUUCCCUAGAAUAUUUCAUUAAGCGAGAUAAUGAGAUACGCAUGUGGCAGGAGACUCGAUCAUUUGAACGAGAAAGACAUAGCUCCUCGCCAUGGCGUCACCGAGUUGCUGAUAAUUGUUUCAUGAAUACAAGAAAGAUUUCCUGUUCAAUAUCCAAACACCCCUCGAAACAUUCUAAGGAAAAUGAGAGUUUUUUUUACUGUCCUGAUGUUGUUGAAACUGUAGAGCAAACGCUCUUCCGCAUCCGUGACAGUCUUCAAGCCCAAUUAAAUCUCACUAAGCUGGAUUGUGUUCGACACAGGACGAAUUCGAGAAAUAACCCACCAACAACAAAUAGUAAUGGGACUGUAUGUUGA